AAUUUUUGAGAGAGAGAGAGGGAGAGAGAGAGGGGGAAGUCGCUUGUCAGUCGGUAGCUUUCAGUUGUAGCUGCUGCUUAUUUGUGUCGCUCGUUGUAUUCACGCAUAUUUCUGUGUGUUGGUGUGUGUAUUAGUGUCGUGUUCAGUGGUGAGUGAGUGGUACCGGGUUCAAAACUCUCAUUUCUGUCAGUGUUCAGGCCUGUCUGAGCACAAACACCUACAGGACUGAACUGACUUCACCAUGGACAAAGCAGAUUUCCUGAAAGGACUACCUGUGUAUAAUAAGACAAACUUCAGCAGAUUUCAUGCGGACUCUGUAUGUAAAGCAUCGAACAGAAGGCCGUCAGUAUAUCUGCCUACACGAGAGUAUCCCUCAGAACAGAUCAUUGUAACAGAGAAGACAAACAUCCUUUUGCGUUAUCUUCAUCAACAGUGGGACAAAAAGAAUGCAGCUAAAAAGCGAGAGCAGGAGCAAGCAGAAGGGGAGGGUGGCAGCCCAGCACCUCCCCGCAAAAUCGCCCGGACAGACAGCCAGGAGAUGAACGAGGACUCGUAGAGGAACCCACCAUCCAACAGCACAAGAACGGACACAACAAGCCCAAACACCCGCACACCACACAGGAAUAUCAUCUCAGAAAGAAGGAAAUGGAACACUUAUCUUACAGUGUGCUUUUUUUAUUUUACUGAGUGCUUCCUGAUGCAGUCAGUGCCCAAUUCUGAAUGUGUGGGGGCACAAUGGGUUUCCACUGCCAGCUUUGCUGAACUCUGAACUGCUUGGGGGUGAGAGGGGGGGGCGGCGGGUUCUGCGAUAUUCAACAAGCACAUAAAAAGGAAUGUCUGCUGUGAAGACGUGUUUGAAAAAAAAAAAAUUUUUUUUUUUUUUUUGGGGGACACUAUUAAUGCAAUUUAAGUUGAAAACACCCUAGUAAUCUCAGCUGUGGAUUUUUGCUUUCAUGAUAUACUUUGCCACAGGCACUAAAAACACAGGGUCUCUCUUAAGUGUCCAAAAAGGGAAAUUUCAGAAAUGUACAGCCUCGUUUGGCAGAUUUAGAUGUAGUGUUUCGUGUUGGUAAUGUAACAGUCUUCCUAGCAGGUGCAUACUUGUGCAUGAAUGCACUGUUAGGACUGUUGUCACAGAUUGAGGAUGACAUUUCUGGUGAUGUGAAGAAAUACAAAUGGUGACUUACAAAUGUCAAUGUCUCUCUCACUUCCUCCUGUUGUCAUAUAAGCUUUCAGUGCUGUGUUAGUUUCAGCAGUUCUCUGGAAUCAUAAAUCGAUCACCCGCCUUCAGAUGCCUGACUCGAUCAUUUACUUAAUCCCUGUGCGAUCCAUUUCUGCGUAUGAUAGGAUUUUCCCAGGUUAGAGAUUAAUAAUGUCUCUUUUGUUUUCUGGGUUUGUAGUUGUGUUGGAGUUCUGAGAUUUAAGGUGCAUCUAUGCAGCCGUUCCUCUCUUAACCUGCAGAGGGAGUCGGUGAACUGUGGUUGUGGUACAAUAAACAGUAGAAGCUUUACACAUGGGGCUUAAUACUCGCAGCCAGUGUUUAGAGUCCACAACAUCCGUAAAACUGUGUUUUCACUGUGUCUGGAGACAUAAUGUUAGGUUAAGUCAACAGUUUCAAGCUGUUUCCUGGCAAAGUUUGUUCUUGUUGAAAAGACUGAAAUUAUAUUGAAGCCAUCGAGAUAAAACAAAAAUCAUGCAUGUAUUGAGGAUUUGGAAAAUGUUUUGAGUAAAGGAAACAUUUAAAACCUUUUAGGGGGGGGGAAGUGUACAGAGAGCAGCCCAUCUUGAGUCUAAAUCUAGCUGAAAGAGUUACUGCAAUUACACCUGCAUUUGUAUGUUCUUGUUCUUAUGAAGCCUUCCCAACUUCUGUGUUUGAGGUCAGCAUUUUUUGUGAAUCAAAAUAAAAAUGAUAUUAAAAAAAAA